AAUUUUCUCAGGUUAUAAGUAAUCAUUUAAGAGUUAGUUGACACUAUUUUUGGGGAGACUUUACGAGCAAAUAUCACAGUACCAGUGUUUCCAAAAUAUGACUAAGCAUAAGGGAUUGUUUAAAAUGUAGACAAAUGAUCUGAACUUUGUGAAAAAAUGGAUGAUCAUCCGAUAGCUCAUUCUGAACCUUAAAUUCUUGAAAGAGAAUAAUUUGAAGUAAAAUCAUGGUCCAUGAUAAUCAAUUGGAAAAAAGCAACAAACUUUUGAGGAUCAGAAGUGUUCAUGGAAGAAAUAUUAGUGUGGUUAGGGAAGUGUACAGGAGAGAGAAUGUUCCAUGUCAAAGUCCUCUCUGUCUCAGUGACUGUCAAAACAGCACAGGUGAUGGAGGGCUGGGUUUGUUGCCAGCUGAUGUCAACCACUACCUCAUACCAGACUGCCAAGUAGCACGAGAAUUCCUAGAAGUCUUGGAGAAUCCUGUGGUUACAGGAAUAAUCUUCCUUCAAACUGUGGUUCACUCAGUUCAGCAUGAAGGAAGUAAGCGCCUAUACAACAGAUUGAGGAAUUUGGUCAAAGAUAAACGCAAAGCUUCCAUAAUAUUCCACAAUGAAUUUCAGAAGUAUGCAUAUUGUGAAAGGGAAGAAGGGGAAACACUUUGUGACUGGCAAACUAGAAGUACAUAUGCGGCAGCGGAGUGGUAUUUUCAUCACCUGGCAACACAAAAACCAAUUAUCAUGGUCACUCUAAAUAAACAGGCCAUUGAAAAAUAUGGAAACAAAACAUUGAAUGUGUUUGUUUUAUCGCUCGAAGAAUAUCUGAGGAAAUUCUGGCAAUCCCACAUCCCAGAAGUCAUGGAUUUGUACGAGUCAUUGACUGCCUCAUUAGAGACCAAGGUCAAAGAAAAGGACUACAAAGGAUAUUUGCCUUUGGAUAUCUUAGAAUCUGGGGUCAAGUCUGGAAGGUUUGUGCAAGGUCACAUUAAUGUCAACAGGAACAAUGCUGGACAGGAGGCUUUUGUCAGACAGAAGAGGUCUACCAGCUCUGUUGAAGAUGACAGGGACAUUCUGAUACAUGGGAUGCCGGCCAGAAACCGCGCUGUCCAUGGGGACCUGGUGGUGGUGGAGGUCCUACCAAGGUCAGAGUGGAGGGGAAGGUCAAGUGUCAUCAAGGAAAGUCAGGAUGGUCAGGGGGAGGGAGAUGAGGAGGAUGGUGCCACAGAUGAAAACGUCAUGCCCACAGGCCGUGUGGUGGGGAUAUUACAGAGGAAUUGGAGGGAAUACGUUGCCUCGUUUGCUUCCAAUGAGCAAGUAAGUGAAAAAGGAGGAAAAGUCUUAGUCAUUCCUUGGGAUUAUCGCAUUCCAAAGAUUCGCAUCAGUACCAGGCAAGUGGAGAAACUGAAAGAUCAAAGAAUUGUAGUUCGAAUUGAUUCAUGGGAAAUUGACUCCCAGUAUCCAAAUGGACAUUUUGUGAAAACUCUGGGACCCAUUGAGGAUUUGGAGGCAGAAAUAUCAGCAAUUCUUCUUGAAAAUACAAUACAUGUCUCAGCAUUUUCUGAAGCACAGAUGAAAGAGCUUCCUGUGGACACACCUGACAAUCCAUGGUGCAUAGAGGAGGCGGAGCUCAACAAGCGUAGAGAUUUACGAUCCUCUCAUCUUAUCUUCUCCAUUGAUCCUAAAGGUUGUGAAGAUGUGGAUGAUACCUUGUCUGUUAGGGAGCUGGCUAAUGGAAACCUUGAGUUGGGGGUUCACAUUGCUGACGUCACACACUUUGUGAAGCCUGACUCGCUGACAGACAUGGAGGCCAAGAGUCGGUCGACCACAGUGUACCUGGCUGACCGCCGCUAUGACAUGUUACCAGGGAUACUAAGUGCCAACCUGUGUUCACUGAUCAGUGGUGUAGAUAGGUAG